AUUUCUUCUUUUUCUAUAACUUUAGUUCUUUUACAAUUAUAAACAUUAACAGUUUCUAUAUUCUACAGUUUCCCAGAUAUCUUUGAUUGUAACAACUUGUUUUCCAAAAGAAAGGGACCAUACUAUAUAAUAAUAUAUGGCAUCAAAUGUUUCCACCAACAUGAACAUGACUACCCCUGAAGUAGUUCUUAAACCAAACAACUACCUUGAUUGGAGCAUAACACUAAAAGCUUAUCUAGAGGCUCAAGGUGUUUGGGAUGUGGUUGAUGAAUCAGAACCGUCUAAUCAACCAGAAGAAAAUCAAGAUCAUCAAGAUAAUGAUCAUGAAAUUGUAGUCAAUAAUAGUAAUGGCCAUGAUUGGAGGAAGAAGAAUGCCAUGGCUUUAUAUGCAAUCCGAAUCUCUUGUAGUGAAGAAUCAUUGUCCUUGAUUAGAGACAUUACAUCACCUAAAAUUGCUUGGGACACUUUGGCAGAAAGCUACAAUAAUAGGCCAACACAAUAUUCAGAAGCUGAUGAUGAUAAAACACACUUACAAAUGUCAGCAUUUACCCAACAAGCUCCACUGACUCCUAAUAUUGAAUCUUCAACUAUAACAGAAGUUGAUUUGCAGGCCUUCUUUGAUUCAACUGAACAUGGAAAUUUAAAGGUUGUGCAAAAUUUUAUCAAGUUAAAACCUGAAAUAGUGAGAAGAAAAAAAUCAUAUUUGGGAGAGACAGCUCUUCAUCUGGCAGCCAAAAUUGGACAUGUGGAUAUUGUAGAAGAGUUGGUAUCAAACAUGAGAGAAGAAGAUUUAGAAAUACAAGAUCAGGAUGGAUGGACGGCUCUUGCAUCAGCUACAAUGAAUGGAAUCACCAAGAUUGCUGAGUGCAUGAUUCAAAAGAACAAGAAGAUAGUUAUUAUGAAGACUCUCAUUCAAAACUGUUGGUUUCUUCCUAUUGAACUUGCGCUCGAUUAUAAUCACAAACACUUGUCUUGUUAUUUGUUUUCUGUCACUCCAUUCGAUCUGUUAUUGCCGGAGAAAGGUCGACAUGGGGCUAUGGUUGUCACUCGAAGUAUAAGUGUGCAUUGUUAUGAUAUUGCCUUGCACGUAUUGGAACGUUGUCCACAAGUGGCUAUUACUUCGAAUAAUUGGGGCCAAUUUCCCAUUCUUGUAGUGACUGAAAAUAUUGACCCUUCUUCGUUUCGCAGUGGAUGUGAGCUCAGAUUUUGGCAACAAUGGAUUUAUGACUGUAUUCCAAUACAGAAAAAUGAUAGUGCAAACAGUGACACCCGCAUAGAUGUCAAGAAUGCAGAAGAUAACCAAAGUAAAAUAAGUGACACCAAUCUCUCAGGUUGGUAGAAAAAUAUUUGAUGAGGCCAAAAAAUCAUGCCAAUUAUUUAUGAUUAAAAACGUUAGAAUGGUAUUGAUCACACUACAAGAAAAAAAUAAUUUACCAUGUCAAACUAGCGAGAUUGAAUUUUCUGAAAAUCUUUGUAAAAAGUGAAGACAAUAUUAGUUGGUUAGUUAGUCAGCUAGUUAAACACUGUUUACUUAGUUUGUUAAGUAUGUUAAGGGUGUUUAGUUGUACUCUUCUGUUAUAACUAACUCAUUUGU